CUCUUUUUCUAUUUAAUUAUUUUGUGCAAUUCAUUUGUUCUAAUUUAUUCUUGAUUUACUUUUGAUUGAAUACGCCGUAAAAAAAUGAGGACCAAGUAAACCAAGUUAUGAUAGAGUACAUAUAGUUUGAUCACAUAACAAAUAACUAGAAGCGUUGGAAAACUUAAACUCCAGAAAACUGAGAAAUUUUCUUAAUCUUACUCAAGCAACUAGCCGCCUUCUUGUUCCUUUGGCAUCUCUCUUGGCUUCCCGUAUCGGUAUCUUUUUUCUAUUUCCUGGGUUUUGUUCCUUUAAGGCUGUGCUAAAUUGGGUUUUCACAAUCAUUGAUUUUAUAACCCAAAUUUGGAUUUUUGGCUACCUAAUUGUUAAGCGUAUAUAGAUAUUCUGGCUGAUUAGGAAGAUCAUUUAAUAACAAGUUUAGGUUGAUUGUGUACCAUAUAUGACUAUAAUGGAUGCUGGAUCUUGGGUUGGUGAUCUGUUUCAAAAGUUUGAAUCGAUAUGUGUUGAAGUUGAAGAAGUUAUAUACGAGGAUACUUUUAAAUAUGUUGAGAAUCGGGUGCGAAAUGUUGGUGAGACUGUUAAGAAAGUAUAUUCAGAUGUCAUGCAAGAUUUACUCCCUUCAUCAGAAUUGGAUCGAGUAAAAGUAGAUGAUCACCUUUCUACAGUAGUCCAUUUUGAUGAUGUAAAAAUAUGUGUGGAACAAAAAAAAGAUAAGAAAAAAUCUGUCCGUGCCACUGCUACUGUUGCUGAUGAAGACAAUAUCAAAAGUGUAUGCAGUGUGAUAAAGGCAUGUAUGCCAACCUACAAUGUUACUGCCGGAGAAAAAUGUGCAGAAGAGAGUUAUAUUACUAAAUUGGGUUCAUCAAAUAAAGCAACCUCUGUGGCGAAAGAUUUAAACUGUAAAAAGGAUUCUCAUAACGUGGUUAUCUCAGAUUUGCCUAGCACAAGUGUAAACAAUAAUUCUGGUCAAUUCACUAUUGUUGAACCCUGUGAUGUAAGUAAUGAAUCAUCAUCUGUACAUGGGGAUGCUAAUUUAAAUGAAGAUUCAAACAUGAGCGACGAUGAAAAUGAAGUAGAAAGUCCCAGGACGAUAAUAAAAUUUAAUGGAGGUAAUGAUGCUUCCAAAGCAAAGAAGAUAGAUUUGAUGUCCCGUGGGCACAUGACAAAUACUGUAGAUGGGUACUUGUCCGAUGCAGCUGACUCAGAGGAGUUAUCACAGAAGACCAAUUUGAGUUGUACAGUUGCCAGAUAUGUGGAUGAUAUGGUACAAGCUGACAAAAAGCUCUCUACAUUUGACAUAGAAGUAUUAAAUUCAUACUUUACCUGUGACUCCGAAAGAUAUGAUGCUAAUAAACAAGGAUUUGUAAUUGCUGAACAAUCCAAUGAAGCUAAGCUUGGAGAAUCAUGCAUUUUGGUAGAGAAAAACGAUGUUUUUUCUAAAUCAGGUUUUCAAGACGUUCAAAAAUCAAAUAAGAAGAAAAUCAAAAAUGUGUUUUUACCAAGAAUAUGGACUAAAAGUAAACGAAAUCAUACUUUCGAUUACGAACAGGAAGGUGAGAAUAGCUUGGAUUCUACUCAUACAGUACAGGUUGAAAUCCAGAAAUCACCAACUUGUGAAUCUUUUGAAUUAGACUGGGAACUUCUAUGAAUUUUAUAAAAACUUAAUGUAAUAUUUUAAAAAAAAAUCAGCGCCCCCUCUCGUAAGAAUUGUGGUGGUGUUCUUAUGAGUUAAUAAAUAAUAAUCACUCAUUAAGUAAAACUUUUAAGCUUAUUUCAUGUUGAGUUUUUUGUCCGAGAUACCAUUCUAUAAUGAGUGUAUAACAAAGAUAUAUAUUUUCUGAGCAUGUGAUCAAUUUCUAUAUUUAUUGUCAAUCAAUAAAUAAUGUUCGAUAAAUAGCUUUUAGCCUUCUAUUUCUUUUAUAAACAUUUAGUAACGGAUGAGGGUCAGGCGUGUGGUGCUUUGUGAUGAGAUUGUAAGAGGUUAGGGUUAAUUUAUAGUGAAUAAAUUGCACAAAUGGCUAAAAGUAUAAUUAAAAAUAGCAUGGACCAACUUAUUAAAUUUAAAAAGUAUGAUUCAGGGGAUGUGAUUAAGUACAUUAGAAAAUGAGGACUGCAACGUUAUGAAUGAAAGAUUAACAAAGAACUCUUAAUAAAUGUGACAAAUGGCUGAAGUAUAAUUAAUACAACGUGCACCAAAUUAAAUUUAAGAAGUGUGAUUAAAUAGAGUAGACAAUGAGGAAUACAAGAUUAUAAAUGGAAGAUUAAGAAAGAGUUCUUAUUAAAUAUAGGGUGAAUUAAGUUUAUAUUAAACUUUUACCUUGUUUUUAGUAUAAUAAGAUGAGAUGAACUUCAUAUAUCUUGACCAAGUUAAGCAUAUAUCAUGGUCAUAAAAAAUGUGUACUUUCAAAUAUUAUAAUUGAAUAUUUUCAAAUAGGAGUUGUAGCCUUUUAUUAGAGUUUUUCAUAAUAAUAAUAGUAAUAAUGAAAUAAUAAUAGCAUAAAAAGAAAUUAAAUUGAAGAGGUAAGAGAGAUAACCAUUUU